GUCAAGAGCUGUAUUUUCUUCUGAAAACCAGAUAUAUUCAUGGCCGACUAGAUUAAACAGCUGAAAGAGUAGACGUUGCAGGAGAAGAAUAGAGGAUUUGAAUAAAGCAGGGAGGUUCGGUUGAACACCCGAAAUAUCGGGACAGAGCUUGGAAAAUACAGAAAUCAUGGAGGGACAGAGUCGAAAGCGGAAGAGGACAAAACACCGGAAAUCUCAUAAACAAGAAAAUAAGAAAAUUUCACAUGUUGAGGAUGGAGGAAACCACAACGAAAAGCGUAAGAAAAAGGCCAAGCGCCACGGAGAUAAACAUCAAACUUCUGUUUCUGUCAAGCAGUCUAAACCCUCCAGUUUUCUCGAUAUGCUGCGUGCGAGAUUAGCAGGAGGACAUUUUAGGAUGCUUAAUGAAAAGCUUUAUACUUGCAGUGGAAAAGAUGCACUUGAAUACUUCAAAGAAGAUCCAGAACUAUUUGACAUGUAUCAUGCAGGAUAUCAAGAGCAGAUGUCACAGUGGCCUGAGCUACCAGUUAAUAUAAUCAUAAAAUGGAUAAAGAGCAAGAGUCCUUCCCUAGUAGUUGCUGAUUUUGGCUGUGGGAAUGCACCUCUUGCUAAAAGUGUGAAGAAUAAAGUUUUCUCAUUCGAUCUCGUCUCAAAGGAUCCUUCAGUAAUUGCUUGUGACAUGUCAAAUACACCUCUCAAUUCUUCAUCUGUGGAUGUCGCUGUCUUUUGCCUUUCAUUAAUGGGAACCAACUAUUCGAGUUACUUACAAGAAGCACACAGAGUCCUCAAGCCAAGCGGUUGGCUUCUAAUAGCAGAGGUAAAGAGUAGAUUUGAUCCAAAUACCGGAGGAGCAGAUCCAAAAGCAUUUGCAAGAGCUGUUUGUGACCUAGGGUUUACUUCAGUGUUUCAGGAUUUCUCAAAUAAGAUGUUCAUUUUAUUACAUUUUCAAAAAAAGGAGAAGCAAAGCUCAAAGAAGGAGAUCAAAUGGCCUGAGUUGAAACCUUGUUUAUACAAGCGUAGGUAAGUCUUCGAGAGACUUGCUAGGUUUAUGCUGCCUUUAGUGUGAGUCUGCUUUGAUGUAUAACAUCCCGGAAUACAAUAAUGAUCUUGAGACUUCCGUUUUGCGAAGUUAUUAAUUAUAGAUAAAUUUUCGAUUAGGUUCCUAUAGACACGUUUGAUUAUAAACGAAAUAUUUUUAUAGAAGUUUUUGCAGAAAUUGUUUAUGUUGCUUGAUCUUGUUGAAAGUCUUUGUACUGCUAAUUAGCAGGGCCAUAAA